AGUUCUUUAGCGUUGACGUCCGGGGGAGGAGAAGAGUCUCUUCAGCCUCCGCUCAGUUUGUGUAGAUGUGAGUGGACUGCGAAGCAAGACUAUUUCCUCGGGAACUUUUUUCCUCUUUUUUUUYCUUUUCCUCCUGUCUUUACAUCCCUGAACGAGUCGAGGGGGACAAAUGCGAAAAUGCCAGCGGGAGUUGAGCUCGAAGCGGAGGGUUUGCUGGUUAGAAACUCGGCGCGGGAGAGCAGAUGACUUGUGACAGCCGACGACGGUAAACUCUCUUAACGGGCUUCCAGGCGGCGUUGAAUGGGGUGAAACGAGGCGGAAUUCGCUCUGAAACUCAAGGAUUUUUUUUUCUCUCCCCACAAACGACCCGAAAUCCGGAGSUGGGGGAGAGAAAAAAGAAGGGGAGGAGAGGGAAAACGCCCUGCUUGCCUUGCCUGUUGCUGCUUCUGCUAUCACCAUAUUCAAACUUUAUCGGCGGAGUUGGUGGGAAAAAAAAAUGCAUCUUUCGCCGAACAGGAAGGUAACCACAGCUUCGACACUUAAAGCUAGCAUGCUAAUUUAGCGGCUAGUUUUUGGAGUUUAUUUUUUUUAUUUCUUUUGGGAAUAAUCUCCUCUCAUCGUGCUUUUUUUUUUAAAACUAUUCCCAUUUUUUGGAAGCGAUUUGGGUGGGCUGAGAGCCCAAGGCUGCUCCGCCAGGCCUUCGGCAGUUAGCCAGGGACAAAAGCGGGCUCCAUGUAAAAACACCAAACAGCACUUUUGUUGCGGAGGAUAACAUUUUAUUUUAUUUUUGUAAAGUUGGUUUGAGUUCUGAAACAGAGCCGUCAUGUCGCUGGGAGCCGAGAGGAGGAUGGAAACCCGGCUGAAGAAGCUGGAGGACAUGAUCAGGGACCCCAGAUCCGCCAUAAACCUGGAAAGUUUGCUGGACUCUAUAAACGCUCUGGUCCUGGACUUGGACUACCCGGCUCUACGCAAGAAUAAAAACAUUGACACCUUUAUAAACAGAUAUGAGAAAGUGGUCGGGAGCCUGCGAGACCUUCAGAUGAAGUCUGAGGACUUUGAAAAAGUUAAAAUUAUCGGUCGAGGAGCUUUUGGUGAAGUCCAACUGGUUCGACACAAAGCCUCGCAGAAAGUCUACGCCUUGAAGCUGCUCAGCAAGUUCGAGAUGAUCAAGCGCUCCGACUCCGCGUUCUUCUGGGAGGAGAGGGACAUCAUGGCGUUCGCCAACAGUCCCUGGGUCGUGCAGUUGUGCUGUGCCUUCCAAGACGAGCACUACCUCUACAUGGUGAUGGAGUACAUGCCUGGAGGGGACCUGGUCAACCUCACCAGCACCUACGACGUGCCGGAAAAAUGGGCCAAGUUCUACGCAGCCGAGGUGGUGAUGGCUCUGGACUCCAUUCACUCCAUGGGCUUCAUUCACCGGGACGUCAAACCAGACAACAUGCUGCUGGACCGACACGGACACCUGAAGCUGGCUGACUUCGGCACCUGCAUGAAAAUGGACUCUACAGGGAUGGUGCACUGUGACACGGCCGUGGGCACUCCAGACUACAUCUCCCCGGAGGUGCUGAAGUCUCAGGGAGGAGACGGCUACUACGGGAGGGAAUGCGACUGGUGGUCUGUGGGCGUCUUCAUUUUUGAGAUGCUCGUGGGUGACACUCCGUUCUACGCCGACUCUCUGGUGGGAACCUACAGUAAGAUCAUGGACCACAAGAACUCCCUGAACUUCCCCGACGAUGUGGAGAUCUCCAAAGAGGCCAAAAGUAUCAUCUGUGCUUUCCUGACAGACAGGGACGUGCGAUUGGGGAGAAACGGUGUGGAGGAAAUCAAACGGCACCCUUUCUUCAAAAACGACCAGUGGACCUUCGACACCAUCAGAGACACGGCGGCUCCUGUGGUCCCCGAGCUGAGCAGCGACAUCGACACCAGUAACUUUGACGAGAUCGAAGAUGACAAAGGCGACGUGGAAACGUUCCCCACACCUAAGGCUUUUGUUGGAAAUCAGUUACCGUUUGUUGGCUUCACCUACUUCAAAGAAGACCAGUUACUGAGCUCUGCCAACAACUCCUCAGUGGCACAUGAUAAUUCAAAAGGAGAGUCUGCAGCUCUUCUGAAGAAACUUCACAACCUGGAGAUCCAGAUGAGUAAUGACAAGCUGGUCAAAGAUGAUCUGGACAACAAAUACAGAGCUGCCACCAUUCGUUUAGAAAAAAUAACCAAAGAACUUGAAGAAGAGGGGAGCAGCAGGAAGAACCUGGAGUCCAGUCUGAGGCAGCUGGAGAGAGAAAAGGCUCUGCUGCAGCACAAGAGCCUGGAGAUCCACCGAAAGGCCGAGAACGAGGCCGACAGGAAGCGCUGCCUGGAGAAUGAAGUGAACAGCCUUCGAGACCAGCUGGACGACAUGAAGAAAAGAAACCAAAAUUCACACAUUUCCAACGAGAAGAACAUCCAGCUGCAGAAACAGCUGGAGGAAGCCAACACGCUGCUGCGGGCCGAGUCCGAAGCGGCAACGAGGCUCCGCAAAGCUCAGACGGAGGGCAGCAAGCAGCUGCAGCAGCUGGAGGCCAACGUGCGCGAGCUGCAGGACAAGUGCUGCCUGCUGGAGCGCAGCAAGCUGAGCCUGGAGAAGGAGUGCAUCAGCCUGCAGGCGGCGCUGGAGUCCGAGAGGAGGGAGCACAGCCAGGGCUCGGAAACCAUCAGCGACCUGAUGGGACGUAUUUCUGGUUUGGAGGAGGAGGCCCGCCUGCAGAAACAGGUUCUGUCCAAAGCUGAAGCUGAGAAGCGGCAGCUCCAGGAGAAACUCACUGAUCUGGAAAAGGAAAUGAGCAACAAGGAGAUCGACAUGACCUACAAGCUGAAGGUCCUGCAGCAGGAGCUGGAGCAGGAAGGGGCCUCUCAUAAAGCCACCAGAGCUCUGCUGGCAGACAAGAGCAAGAUCAAAGUGACCAUCGAAGGCGCCAAGUCAGAAUCCAUGAAGGAGAUGGAGCAGAAGCUGGCAGAGGAGCGAGCGGCCAAACUGCGUCUGGAGAACAGAAUCCUGGAGCUGGAGAAGCACAGCAGCAUGAUGGACUGCGACUACAAGCAGGCCUUGCAGAAACUGGACGAGCUGCGGCGACACAAGGACCGGCUCACCGAGGAGGUGAAGAACCUGACGCUGAAGAUCGAGCAGGAGGCSCAGAAGCGCAGCCUGACCCUGAACGACCUGAAGGCCCAGAACCAGCAGCUCAACAGCCUGAGAACCUCCGAGAAGCAGCUGAAACAGGAAACCAAUCACCUGCUGGACAUCAAACGCAGCUUAGAGAAGCAGAACCAGGAGCUGCGCAAAGAACGACAAGACACAGAUGGACAAAUGAAGGAGUUACAGGACCAGCUGGAGGCCGAACAGUAUUUCUCUACUCUUUAUAAGACACAGGUUCGGGAGCUAAAGGAGGAGUGUGAGGAGAAGAACAAGCUUUACAAAGACGUGCAGCAGUCUCUACAGGAGCUGCAGGAGGAGAGAGAUUCUCUGGCGGCGCAGCUGGAGAUCACGCUGACGAAGGCCGACUCAGAGCAGCUGGCUCGCUCCAUCGCGGAGGAGCAGUACUCGGACCUGGAGAAGGAGAAGAUAAUGAAGGAGCUGGAGCUGAAGGAGAUGAUGGCUCGCCACCGCCAGGAGCUCUCCGAGAAGGACAUCACCAUCAGCUCGCUGGAGGAGGCCAACAGGACCCUGACCAGCGACGUGGCUAACCUGGCCAACGAGAAGGAAGAACUGAACAACAAACUGAAGGAAGCACAUGAAGAAUCUGGGAAGUCGAAGGAUUGGGAGCAGCAGAUCAAUCAGAUGAAACAGAUGUUUGAGAAGCAGCUGCAGUCGGAGAGGACCCUAAAAACUCAGGCUGUCAACAAGCUGGCGGAAAUCAUGAACAGGAAAGAGGUGCGAGGCGUCGGCGGAGGCAGCCGGCGCGGCAACGACACGGACAUGCGGCGGAAGGAGAAGGAGAACAGGAAGCUGCAACUGGAGCUGAGGUCGGAGAAGGAGAAGCUCAACAGCUCCAUGAUCAAAUACCAGAAGGAGAUCAACGAGAUGCAGGCGCAACUGGCAGAGGAGAGCCAGAUGCGCAUCGAGCUGCAGAUGGCUCUGGACAGUAAGGACAGCGACAUCGAGCAGCUGAGGAAUCUCCUGCAGACGCUCAGUGUUCAGUCCAUGGAUUCUGCCAGCAUGAGCAGCGGGCCUGAGUUUGAUGCCGAUGACGCGUACGCCGAAACCAGACUCGAGGGUUGGCUCUCUCUUCCCGUCAGAAACAACACCAAGAAGUUUGGAUGGGAGAAAAAGUACGUUGUUGUUAGCAGCAAGAAGAUCCUUUUCUACAACAGUGAACUAGACCGAGAGCAGUCCAUUCCCUGCAUGGUGCUCGACAUAGACAAACUUUUCCACGUGAGACCCGUUACUCAAACAGACGUGUACCGCGCCGACGCCAAGGAGAUCCCCAGGAUAUUCCAGAUUCUUUACGCCAACGAAGGCGAGAGCAAAAAGGAGCCCGAGUUUCCUGUGGAGCCGCUGUCCAUCGGAGAGAAGUCCAGCUACAUCUGCCACAAAGGCCACGAGUUCAUCCCGACCAUCUACCACUUCCCCACCAACUGCGAGGCGUGCACCAAGCCCCUGUGGAACAUGUUCAAGCCGCCGCCGGCUCUGGAGUGCCGGCGCUGCCACAUCAAGUGCCACAAGGACCACAUGGACAAGAAGGAGGAGAUCAUCGCUCCCUGCAAAGUGAACUACGACAUAUCAGCAGCCAAGAACCUGCUGCUGUUGGCCACCUCCCAGGAGGAGCAGCAGAAGUGGGUUAGCCGGCUGGUGAAGAAGAUCCCCAAGAAGCCCCCGACGCCGGAGCAGUUCGGACGCUCCUCGCCCCGCGCCUCCAUGAAGGUUCAGUCCAGCCAGUCCUUGAAAAGGCCCAGCCGACAGCUCCCACCCAGCAAGACCAGAGGGGAGGAGCUCAGUCUCCAGGACUGGCUCUGGGCUCUGGAUGAUGAUGAUGAUGAUAUCGAUGAUGAUUGUGCCUCGAUACAUUUCAGACGCCCUCGCAGAUCGAACGGCUUCAGAACGAGGCGAGAAGAGUCCAGCAGCACCUGGUACCAGUGACGCCUCCUCAUGUUUCUCCUUUAACCUCGCUCUGGGAGCGCGAUGCGUCUCUGAGGGUUUUGUGGUCCGUUUCCUCCGAAGCUUCGUCUGCAGAUCAGCACGCCGAGCUCCUCGUCACUUCACACCGUCUCCAGCCUGCGAGAGUCACGUUCGUUCCCCUCGUCAUUCUUCAGCCACAUUCUCGUCUGCGAGCMAAUUAGCUCCUAAAACGGUUCGGCCAAACUUUUUUUUUUCCUGCUUCUGUGAYGCUAAAGGAGCUAGUUCUGAUUUGAAAGAGGAGAGCUUGGCGAUGAGGGGGCGGGGUCCACUUUACCUCAACGAUUCUCACCUGGACGAGCCGAGCAGCAAAUCUCUGAGGAUUAUCGCGGCCAAAAACAGACUUUUUAAUGAUUGUGAACAAUAAGAAGGGUUUAACGGGGAACACUACGCUCAGAUUUUAGUUUUGUUGGAUCCUGGAUGGCGUUUUGUCAUGAUUGUAGCUUCUCGCUCUCCUCAGCCUCUGCUUUCGAGUGAUUCCCCAAAAGGUACAACGUCUGGAGGAUUCACCGAGGCGGAGGGUGGAGAGUCGGAGCAAAUAAUUCCCAGAGUGCCUGUCGUUCAGAUUCCUGAUCACUCGUUUUUAUUCACAGUUAACGGUAAAAAACGGAUGAUCCUUCAAACCUGCACUGUCGUUUCUAAAAGGGUUAAUGUUUACUGAACUGCACUGUUGAUGCUUUUCUGAUCUGAGCUCCUUUUUGUUUUGUUGACACUUGGUUAUUAUCAGAAACAACUUAUAGUUUUUUUUUUUUWAUCACCAAACUACUCUGAGUGAACUUGCAUGAAUUUAUUUUGUGUUUUCGUUUUCCAGGCCUCCACUCAUUAGUUUUUAGACUGCAGUGGCUAAAAUAAAAAGCAGAAAACGGCGAGGGGAUGCAAUCAGAUCCUGGUCCUACGAGACAAAAUACUGAGCAGCACUAGUCCAAUGAAAGUUUUCUAAAAGUAUUUGUGAUAUUUUUGUAUUAAAAGUAACCAAACUUGGA